AUGGAUGCGAGGCGCGGCUUUAUCACCUUGUCGCUCGUGCGAUUCGAGCACAAAACAUGUGUUUCUGUUAUCCGUACUACUCUGCAAAGCGUCGCGGCGGAUCGGGAAAGAUCGGGUUGCAUGGAGGCGUUUAGCGAUGCGCAGGUCGCUCUCUUCGCGUCCGGCGGCGCGCUCACCGACUACGCAAUCCUCAAGCCCAUCGGCAAGGGCAAGUUCUCGGUCGUCUACCGCGCCAAGCGCAUGGCCGACGACGUGCUCGUCGCGCUCAAGAAGAUUGCGAUCGACGUCAUGGACAAGCGGGCGCGCGAGAAGACGCUCAAAGAGGUCCGGCUCGUGCAGUCAGUGCAUCAUCCCAACAUCAUCCAGUAUCUCGAUGCGUUCAUUGCGGGCAACGAGCUCUGCAUUGCCUUCGAGUGGGCCGAAGCGGGCGACCUCAAGCGACAGAUUCGAAAGGCCAACGAGAAGGACACGCGCUUUGAUGAGCGACUCGUGUGGAAGUACUUUGCACAAAUCGCCGCCGCGAUCGACCACAUGCACACGCACCGCAUCAUGCACCGGGACAUCAAACCCGCGAAUAUCUUUCUCACGUCGUCGGGCCAGGUCAAAGUCGGCGAUCUCGGGCUCGGUCGCCAUUUGAGUGAAAACACGAUGGAGGCCCACUCUAAGGUGGGUACGCCGCUGUACAUGUCGCCCGAAGUGCUGCGCGGCGACGGCUACGACUGGAAGUGCGACGUUUGGUCGCUCGGUUGCAUCCUGUACGAACUCGCAAUGCUUCGGUCGCCGUUCAAAUCCGAGGGACUCAACCUCUACGGUCUCUUCCAAAAGGUCAACAAGGGCGAGUACGACCCCGUCUCGGACAUCUACAGUGACGCACUCCGGUCCCUCGUGACGCAAAUGCUGUCGUUGAACGCCAACGACCGCCCGACGAUGGCUGCGAUCUGCGCCGUGAGCAGCGCGUGCCACGAAUCCCGCGCGGUGCCCAAGAUCCACCCGCGCCCAGCAAGCGUCGACAACCAAAAAGAACCGACUACUACUACGUCGAGCCGGCAGUCGACUCCCAACAACAAUAUGUCGGCAACCCCCGAGAGUAGUCCCCGCGUCGACGAUACGGCCACGACCAUGUACCUCAUGGAUGCCGUGUACGAGAAGCUCACGCUGCUGCAAUGCAACCUACACACGCUUCAAGUGCCCCUUACACGCAUCUACUUUGCGCAGGCCAGUCGCCACCCGCAACAGUGGACACAUGCCCUGCGGCUCUUGCAGUGGCUCUUCUCUAAGCUCGAGGUGACACUGGACGUAGCGCUCGACGACCCAUUGGAACCGCCGCUGCGACAAGCGACCGCGGUGCUCAUCGCUGUGGGCCGCCUCGGGUGCGACGCAGCAGCGACGCUCUCUCCGUCGUCGAUGCUUGCGGGACACGGCCUUGCGCUCUGCACCGCACUCGACGCACUCUGUACCAAGGCCCUGCGCCCCCUUGUGACGACCCGACACCCGAUCAAAGACAACGACGACGACGACUGCGCCGAUGACAAUCACCUCGAGUGGCAAGUGGACGACGAGUCGACGGCCCUCGCUUCGUCGGCCGACGAUAACGACUACGACGACUAUGCCGUCUAUCGCGUCGGCGCAGCUCCCGACGCCCCCGAGGCCACACCCGCGAUCGACCCCGUCGCGUGGUCGCUCGAGGUUCAAAAGAACGCGCCGCGAAUACGGUCGUCUCUCGCGGCCGCCUACAACCAAGCACCGCCAUGGCACGAUCACGUCACGGCACUGCAGUCGUUCGUACACAAGACGCCAGUUGAGGACGUACAGAGCCUGCGCGCACUGCCAACCCGACUCCACGACGAUUUGGAUCGAGUGCAGCUCAGAGAAAAGACACUCAACAACGUGCUCUUGUCGGACCGCAGUGUGUACCAGCGCCUCUUUGAUGCACAGAUCCACUUGUCGUCUCGCUUGCAGACCAAAGAGCACAAGCGCAAAUCGCUCGAUACCGAGCUCACAACGCUUCAAACGUCCUUGGCCACCACCAAGUCGACGCUGCAUACGGUCAACGACAAGCUCACGGACGUGAGCCAGCUCACGGGUCUCCGGGCUGCGCUGACAACCCUCCGCGCCGACAUCCACAGCAUGGAGCUCACAUUGGAGCUCCAGCAGCGAGCGCUCUUGCAGGCCCAAACCAACGCCCAGACGCGGCAACGAAGACUGCACACCGUCUCGUAUUAAGGCGACGAAAAUGAAAACGGAUCGUGCGG